CCUCCAGACCUGAAACAGGGGGUUUUUGUAAAAACACAGCCGAGUCUAUAGUGUCUGUACAGCGAGGAGGAGGAGUGGGAGAGUAGUACGGCAGGCACAAAGAGCGGAGAGCAUCCAGAGAAGGGAGGAAGGAGGACGGCACGGAGGGAGCGCGGUGAGGACAACAACGGGGACCCAACGGAGAGCAUCCCUCUUUAAUUUCUGAUCUGCACAGGCAAGACUGUGCUCAUAAGCAUCAUCUGUAAACGGGACCCUGAACGCCGUUUUUCCAUCAAAAGACCCAUCAAGCAUCUCGUUGCUUCUCUCCAGGGAUACCUGCUUCUGAUCUGUUUGCCCCUCAGCCCUUGCAGUACCCAGUCGCCCUCUCCACUCUGUCCCGAUGAAGGAGGCCGAUGCCAUCAAGCUGUUCGUGGGGCAGAUUCCCCGGAAUCUGGAAGAGAAGGACCUCAAGCCUAUUUUUGAGCAGUUUGGCAAGAUCUAUGAGCUAACUGUGAUUAAGGACAAAUACACUGGCAUGCACAAAGGAUGUGCGUUUCUGACGUACUGUGCGAGAGAGUCGGCACUGAAAGCCCAGAGUGCUCUACACGAGCAGAAGACACUACCAGGGAUGAAUCGACCAAUCCAGGUGAAACCAGCUGACAGUGAGGGAAGAGGAGAGGACAGGAAGUUGUUUGUGGGCAUGCUGGGAAAACAACAGAGCGAUGAGGACGUCAGAAGGCUUUUUGAGCCCUUUGGCAGCAUAGACGAGUGUACUGUGUUGAGAGGACCCGACGGCACCAGCAAAGGGUGUGCUUUUGUAAAAUUCCAAGGACACGCUGAAGCCCAGGCUGCCAUCAACAGCUUGCAUGGAAGCCGCACAAUGCCUGGAGCAUCGUCCAGUCUGGUGGUGAAGUUCGCUGACACAGAGAAGGAGCGGGGGCUGAGGAGGAUGCAGCAGGUGGCCUCCCAGCUCGGCAUCUUCAGCCCCAUGACCCUCAAUUACCCCGCCUACAAUGCCUACACACAGGCGGUCAGCGCACAGCUUGUCCAACAGCAGGCCUUGGUUGCCCAGUCAGCAUACUUGUCUCCUGUGGCAACAGUUGCCGCCGUACAGAUGCAGCAGAUGGCGGCGCUCAAUGCCAACGGAAUCAUUGCCACACCCAUUACACCCAUCACACCAUCCUCGGGUACAAACACUCCACCAACUAUUGCAGCAACGCCUGUGUCAGCUCUCCCUCCACCAAUAGGAGUUAAUGGUUACAGCAGUGUGCCAGCGCCAACCAAUGGACAACAAGCAACAGAAACACUAUACACCAAUGGCGUUCACCCAUAUCAAGCUCAGAGUCCAGCAGCAGCGUUGGACCCCUUACAGCAGGCGUAUGCAGGCAUGCAGCACUACACAGCGGCAUACCCUGCUGCCUACGGAUUGGUUGGGCAGCCAUUCCCCCAGCAGCCAACACUGGUUGCCCAGCAACACCAGCAACCCCAGCAACAGCAGCAGAGAGAAGGUCCAGAGGGGUGUAACAUCUUCAUCUACCACCUGCCCCAGGAGUUCAGUGAUUCUGAGAUGCUGCAGAUGUUCCUGCCCUUUGGCAAUGUCAUCUCGGCUAAGGUGUUUGUGGACCGUGCCACCAACCAGAGCAAAUGCUUCGGAUUUGUGAGUUUUGACAACCCAGCCAGCGCUCAGGCCGCCAUCCAGGCCAUGAAUGGUUUCCAGAUUGGUAUGAAAAGACUGAAAGUGCAACUCAAAAGGCCCAAAGAUGCCAACCGCCCAUACUGAGUGACAACUGAGA